CCCAAACACGUACUGGCAGCAGACAAUUAUCAAACAACGUCGGCCUGCCAGUUUUUAAACUAACAAACCAUCUUCACCGGUAAACAAUGUGACCAAGCAAGACGAAGACCUCGAGGAGGACUGUGAGAAACGCAUGACAACCAACUUUGGUUGUUGAGAGAGGCGCACCAUGGCAUCUCAGCCGAGUGUGGAGAGAGGAGAUGGAGAGAGGCACCUUCUUCGCUUCCGAGCAUGGCAACAGAGGAACCAAGAAGCCAGCCAAACCCAAGAACUUAAGCCUGAAAAUGUGCCCCUUUUUGGGGAGCCAUACAAGACAAACAAAGGAGAUGAGCUUUCCAAUCGAAUCCAGAGGAUGCUGGGCAGUUAUGAAGAUGUGGAUACUCCCUCCCCCUUUUCCAUUGAUGCAAUACCAAUUCCCACUUAUGCAGCCUUCUCACAGUCAGAUCAGGGUCUGUUAAACACAGAUAAAUCAACCAAACCUCCAUUUCAAAACCAGGCCCCAUCCAUGUCCACCCAAAGCCAGAAGGAGCCUUCUAGUAAUACCUCUCAACCCAUGAGGAUAUCUGCUACUACCACUUCGCCGACUCAGCAUGGACAUACAUCCACUUUCUCUAAGCCACCUUUAAACCACAGUCAGGGCAGUCAGCUCAACCACUCAGCACAUCAACAACAGAAGAAGGGUGAAGUCUUCCCAGACCUCAGGGACUGUGCCAGUCUUUAUCACGAAAUGUCUGCUCAGUCUGAUGUUAAGCCACUACCUUUCCUACAUUCCAGUGACCAUAACCACAUGGACACAGACACCAAGAACAUUGUGGAUAGACAUCAAGGGUCCACAGAUCAUGCCUCUGAGUCUUCCAGCAGUGGAGAUGUUUCCACAUUGAAAAUUAAGCAGUCCCCUAAGGAUGCAUCUCUGCCUCAGGCUAGCAAGACUAAUGCAUUACCCUCCCAGACCUUUCCUCCCCUCUUGUCGUCUAAGCCGCCCAACGUAGUCAUGACCCAGAAGCCAACAGCAUAUGUGCGGCCCAUGGACGGUCAGGACCAGUUGGUCACAGAGUCACCUGAACUAAAGCCUUCACCAGAACCAUAUGCACCACUGCCAGAGUUGAUGAGCAAGACUGACCUGGGUAAAACAAAGAAAAUGCCACCAUUUUUGGAGACAAAGACAGAUGAAGCUCAGUGUGUGGAGGACAUCUUAAGGGAAAUGGCUCACGCUUGGCCUCCUCUUCUAACAGCUAUACGCACACCGAGCACAGAUGAACCUUCCAAGUCCCCUUUUGUAGCCAAGGAAGCAAAGCAUGCCUCUUCAUGUCCAGGACAGAAAAACCAUGAGUCCUCUCCUCCUGAGUCAUCCCAUCUCAGCCAACAGAUGUCCUCAUCUUCAUUUGAAGCAGCACAUUCCAGUGGGGUAGAGUCUAUGAGCCCAAGUGAAUCGGAGAGUAGCUCAGGAUCAGAGUCGGAGAGUGAAAGCUCCACUGCAGAGCCACCUCAACCCCCAGUUGGCAGCUCAGUUAAAACUGAAGUUGAUGCUCCAGCAGUGAGCCAUGAAGAUUGGCAGUUGGGCAACUGGAUCAGGUCCAGCCAACAAAACUCUGGCAGUGAAAUUCAAGGCGCAUCACUUGUUUCUGAGAGCACCUCUCAUAAAGAACUACAGCCCACUCAAAGCUUCAGACACUCCAGUGUGCAGGUGGUGGACCCUGCUGGGGAGUCUAAACCUCAGCUUUCUUCUCACCAAAGAGAGUUCACAGACACCUCUGCCAUUCCUCAGCAAAGCAGUGAAAGCCCUCAGGACACCUGUCAGCAAAGUAGCCAAAAAUCUCUUUCUGCUGAUGUGAACAGCUGUAGCAGCUCAAAGAAAUCCUCAAAAUCAGUGAGUGGAGGUUGUCCAACCCGCACUGAUGCAGCAAUCAGCGUGAAAUGUGAGGAAGUGGCAACUGCUCAAACAAUAGACCCGUGUUUCACAGACAGACCCAAGGUAAAGACGAAAGCAGGACACUGCAAAAAAAGAAAGGGCAGCAGUAACAGUAAAAGAGACAUUAAAAGGACUAAACUUGGUUCACAGCAUUUCCUUAACUCUUGCCCCACCCAAAGCCCGGUUGAUCCUGACCAGCAGUCUCCUGCCCCAUCAGUCAGCAUCGGUUGUAGCAAACCUGACGUAGAGACAAUCAGCCAGAGGGGCACCAAGAUGCCUCACAAAACGACCCACAAGCACUUAGAGAAGCCUGGGCAUACUACCAAGGCUUCUCGAGACCUCCAGACUUCCAGAUCCCUGCUGGUGAAGAUAGAUCUAAAUCUGCUCUUAAGAGUGCCCCAGACCUCUGGCAUUCACCAAGGGAUUCCCAGCACUGCAAAACGAUCAGCACAGGUCACAGAUCGAGACGAAGUAGGCGGUGAUGCUUCUGCAACACGCAACCACACCAAAACCAGCAGAAAGAGUAAACCCCAAAAUGCUGAGGUAAACAACAAAGUUCUUCCCAGGAAGAAAGAGAAGCUGGAAAACAAGAAUCCCUCAUCAACUAAUGUUUCUGUGAAACUAAAAAGUUCAAGUAAUUCAGCAGAGGCCCAGCAGCGGAAGAAGGCCAAGAAAGUUUGUCAGCACCCUGAACCAGCUAAAGAUUCUGCUAAAAAGUCAAAGCUUCACAAAAUCCAGGAGAAAACACAAGAAUCCAGUAAGAAGACAGAAAAGGGUAAGGAGUCUCAUAAGCACAAGAAGAACAAUGGAAAACACACCGAGCAGCCUCAAUCUGAAAAGCAUAAGCCCCCGAAGAGCAGCCUGGCGGUAACAUCUUUACAGCCCCCCAGUGAAGCUUCGACUAACAGGUCCUUGCUGAAAUUUGAAGAGAGACAGUAUCCAGUAAAGCAUUAUAUAAAAGAGGCAAAAAGACUGAAGCAUAAAGCAGAUGCAGAAUCAGAUAAGCUCAGUAAAGCUUUCAACUACCUUGAUGCAGCCAUGUUCUUCGUUGAGAGUGGCAUUGCCAUGGAAAAAGAUCCACAGACUUUUUCGUCUUCCUAUACAAUGUUUGCAGAGACUGUGGAACUCCUCAAGUUUGUGCUGAAACUUAAAAACUCAGUGGACCUUUCUGCUCCACCCCCAGAAAAGGACUUGGUAGCUUUAUGUUUGAAGUGCCAGUCUCUCCUGCAAAUGGCCAUGUUUCGACACAAACACAAAACUGCACUAAAGUAUUCAAAGACCCUCACUGAACACUUCAAUAGCUCUGCUCAGCCAACACACAAUCCUCCAACAUCCAGAGUCCCAGACAACCUGUCCACCAACCUGCCAUCUCCAGCCACUGCCUCCAACACUUCAGGUCCUGGCUCCAACCACAGUGCCAGCGGGUUGGUUGUGGGGCCUGUUGGCAGCACUGUGGCAGUUCCUCAGGCCAUUGAACAAAUGGCUUUCACCUAUGUCAACAUCACGUCAUUAUUUUUGAGCGCUCAUGAUAUUUGGGACCAGGCGGAAGAGUUGGCACGCAAAAGCAGCGGUAUGUUGGCAGAGCUGGACACUAUUAUGGGCCCAUUAAGCCUGUCUUCAAGUAUGAGCUCUAUGGUCCGCUACACAAGACAAGGUGUCUACUGGCUGAGGCUGGACAGCCAAAAGGUAUGACACUGAAUGCCUGUGAACCCUUCAAGCUAUCUUUCACUGCCUUAACUUCAGUUGAUCCCAACCUCAGCUUACCCUCAGGCUUGUGCCAGACUGGCAUGGACAUUGACUAAUCUCAUCAACAAUAAAGCUGUCAUCUCAUUAUUAUUGUACAGGCUACAUUUUUCCCAUGAAGAGGACAUCACAUGCCUCUUGUUCUUCUCUCUGUCUUCCUGGCAAUUAAAAAAACAUGGAUGUAUGGUAUAAUCCACACCUUCAGAUGAUGUCACAAAAUGCUUUUCAAAUUGGGGCUUAACUACAUUUGUAAUGAAAGAGUAUCAAAUAUUUGUGAAACAUGAAUUUGCUCUGUGGUUCUAUUUGCCUGAUAACAUGGCUGUGGUGGUAAUACUCACACAGAUACUUUUUUUUUUUUUUUUUUUUUAUUAAAUGCUGAUCAUACCAACCUAUGUUUGACGUCAGGAAAACAUGGCACUUCAAUGGUAUUUUAGAGUCAUACCUAUGCAGCUUUUGCCAGUAUUUUUAAUUUCUCUGUUUCAAUCUGAAAGAUUAAUUUAGUCUUUCAGAUCAGGUAUUUUUUGCUACUCAUUUACAGUAAUGAUCGUGACAAAUCAGAUUUUCAUAUGGCACAGGGCUGAAGGGAGUUCUUAAAACAUUUGUACUUGGGACCUGGUUUAGUCUUGACAAUAGCAAGUAGAUCAGAACUGGGAUUUUUUUUUUUCCCUUUGGGGAGGGGGGCGGCAGCUAAAUAUAAUGAAGUGCCAGAUGGUUAUAUUAAAUCAUCAUUUAAUUCAUUUUAAAUACUGACUUGGAAUCUGUGUUUUCAGUUGUUUCAAAUUGGCAUCGUCAGGUUGACGGCACUCUGGUUACAUAAAGGCAGGCUUCAGGUGCAAUAAGAAUAAAUUAUGAGCAUGUGCCAUAAUCACAAUCAGAUAAAUGAAGGCAGGUUUGGGUCACAGUUGAUGUAUGAAUAAAGGUGAGAGGCAAAGUUGGGAAAGAUUUUAUUUCAGAGGGGAUGUAUUUGCAUUUUCAGACUGUGUGAAAGAAGCCGCUGUCUGUCAGGUGCUGAUGUUGAUUUCAAGGCAUAAACAUUUCAUCUUCAUGUCUUACCUUUUUUGCGCCUGUUAGGACUGCUGUUUUUUUUUUGUUUUGUUUUUUUGUUUUGUUUUGUUUGUGAAUGAUGAUUGGAAGUGUCUGACUGGUGAAUUAUGUUUUUUUUUCAUUUUGAAUAAUGGUGAAGUUGGUACAGGAUCUUGAACGAAGUGAUCUGGCUACAGUACUGUUGCUUGUAAUGCCUAGUUUUUUAAGACCAAAGCGGACUUCAUUUUAUUCCUGUCAUUAUGUUAAAGAAGAUUGCACUUGUGCCCUCCUCCUCAUGUAAAGAAUACAGUACGAGCAUCAAAUAAAACAUGCUCACACUGAAAGAGUUUCUGGUCACUGUAAUCAGUCCUCCUGUUCAUUCUGGCUGUGAAAAGGUCCAAAAAAUCCACAGUGCUCCUUCUUUAACCAAAAUCCUGCUUUGUGUCUCUACAGACAAACUUUAUUUACACCUGGUCACCACUGACAACCAAGUAUGACAAUGCAUUCUCUUGCAACCUGAUCUCAUCUCAGUAUGUACAUUUGAGGUGCAGCUGGCCAAACAUGGUACAUCCCCCAGGUCAAAGAAAGCAGUGCGGCUGCAUGCUCCACAAUGCGAUGAUUAUGCCUCUGCUAAUGUGUAAAGCUUUUGUUGAGCUUGCUUAAGAGAACAGGAAGGUAGACUUGGGUGACUUGGCUGAAAUCUGCCAGUGCAAGCAUGACCAUCUCCAAAUAUGGUCUGCUUCAGUGGACACUUCACUGUUUUAACUUGUAUUUUUCCCAAGCUUCUCUGAUGCAGGUCAAAUGUAAGCACAGGUCAUUGUAUCUGCUUCCUGAGAUGCAACAGUACCCACAAAGGGAAUUUUGAACAAAAAAAAAAGAUGACCGUGAAGGAUCAGUUUACAAAAGAUUUUUAUGUAGAAUGAGGACUGUGGAUUUUGUCCCUCUUUAUUUGAAUCACUUUAUGAACAGAAGGAAACAUUUCAGUAUCCAGUAAUCCUUUCCAUGUAUGCAAAAUGUGAACCUAUCCUUUAACCAAAGGCGUGUCUUCAAACAAAUCCUUCUGUAAACAACAAAAGAGGUCUUUCCUUGUCUGUAAUGGUGAAUGUAGUGGUUAAACUAGAGCAAGAUUGUUGUAGACGUUAACUAAGGUGACUCUACUGUAGUGUUCCCUCAAGGUAAGCUGGAUCUCUGUGUUCCCCACUUUUUGUUUUUUGUUUUUUUAACUUAAUUAGUGGGAGUAGAAUAAAUGGCCAAACUAUAGCUUACUGAAAAAUACAGUUUUGAGUAUUUUGUACUUAAUUUCAGCACAUUAUUGUGCAGAAAGACGGUUUCCAAGACCAGCAGAACUGUGCUAGUCAUUAUUGUUUACUCUGCUUGACUCAAAGCAAUACAAUUUUUAAUUUCUACUUGGGGGCAGAAAUAAUCGGUAUGUAAUUAGUGAAGCAGAAGAAGAAACUUUGGUUUAGACUAGUGCCAUAUGUGCCACUGGAUUUUGAAAGUUUCACUUUUUAAAUUGGUUGAUGUUUCAGUGCAGUUGCAUGAUUUAAAUAAGGGCUUAAAAAAAUUCAAAGUGUUUCUAAUUUUAUUUUCUCAUAAAUAAAUAAUAAGUAAGGAGUGUGUACACUGGUGCCAUGGAAUGUGGGAUUAUUUUUAUGUACAGAUCCUCAGCGGUUUCUUAGCUUGGAUGCCUACAUGAAGGGAAACUGCAAAAUUUGUCAUUCAACAUUUAUAAAUUGUGCAACUUUAUCAGUUUUCUGAAUUCCUGAGUUCUCGUCCUUUCUCAUCUGUGGCUUUAUUCUCAUUAUUUUUGGAUAUUGGUGCUUCAUUUAUGAACUCCUCUGCAAUAUAAUUAUUUACUGGAAAAAAAAUGUUUGUUUUUUUUGUUUUGUUUUUUUUUGUUUGUUUUUUGUGUGUUUUUUCUUUUUUGUUUUUUGAAGGAUGUGUGUCUUUAAUUUUGUAAAAUAUGUUUAAAAAUAAUUGCGGUGUACAGACAUGAAUAAACACUGGAAAUGAAAA